CCCAACCGUUUUUUUUACUUUUUUUUCUGUGUUCUGUGUUCUGUGUGAUUGCAUUGUUGUAAAUGUGAGUAAUUUUCCGGAAAAUCAUCAUUUGUUGCACAUGUCUUAAAUUUUGAAUCUCAUCGUAAAAAAAAAAAUUUAUAAUUUAUGAUAAUAAUAUUCCAUAAUGUCUGACAAUAAUGUAAAAAGUGAUCUCAACAAUGAUAACAUUGCAUCAUUUAAAAAGAAAAAUGUGCCAGUUGCUAGUUUGAUUCGUAUCAUAAUGAAACCUGAUCAUAACUGCUUCAACGAAAUGAUUUUGACCAAAAGCCCAAUGACAAUUGGUCGUAAUCCUGAAUCGGAUUUUCACAUCACAUCUAUUGAAAUUUCUCGAGUUCAUGCACGAAUCUUCAAUCUAGGUUCAUCUUGGUAUCUAGAAAAUUUAAGCAGCACAAAUGGUGUAUAUGUAGAUGGUCAAAAAGUAGCUUGGCGAGUUCGUUUGUCCGACAAUUGUUUUGUGACAUUUGGCCCGUUAAAAAGUUCCAGUUUUCGUUAUGUUUUCGUUGAAAAUUAUAAAGUUUCUAUGAAUAUACAAAGAAAUGUGACAUUGAGCAAAACAAUUCAGCGCUCAUUUGUGCUUGGUGGUACUAGUUCUGGUGCCGGUGCUGGUGCUGUUACAGCUACUGGUGGUGACAUUACCCAUCUGUCUACAAAACCUGGUGAAGAUGUUUUAAGACGUGACUUUGAUCGUAAACAUUUCGAACAAACGAUGACAAUCAAUUUGAUGAAAAUUGAAUCGAAUUUUUCGAAAUUGAAAAAAGAUGUCGAAAACCAAAAACAAGAGUUGGAUUCAAUUCAUGCCAAAGCAGAAAUGGCCCAAAAGGAAUUGAUACGAAUAGCGGAAAAGAUGAAAGGUCAGGAUGCUUUGAAAAAUGUUCUGUUGAACGAAAUAUCCUGCUCCGUUUGCUGUGAUAUAAUGCACGAACCAACCGUUCUCAAUUGUGAACACACAUUCUGCUUCACAUGCAUCAAUGCCUGGAGUCGUCGCGGUAAACAACAUUGUCCAGUUUGUCGCAAGAAAUUUUCACGGAUGACCAAAUCGAUUCGAUUCCAUUCAUUGAUCAAUCUGAUUCUCGAUCAUUAUCUCAGUGAAGAUGAAAAGAAAGAGCGAAAAGAAUCGAUCGAAUCUCGGCUCACCGAUCCAGCGUUCACCAAUGAACAUAGCAAUGAUGAAUCGAGUUCACAAGGAAACUUGGAUGAAAUUCUUUCCGGAUCAGAUUCAUCGUUUCGUGAUGCAUUUUCCACUCUGUUGAAUUUUUUAAACUUUCAUCGAGAAUAUAAUGUUGACAGUUAUGUACAGUUCCGCGAUGCAGUACAAGUUAUCGCUGAUGAAGAUGAAGUGAAUGGAAACGAUGGAGAGAAUGAUGAUGAAAACGAUGUAUCAUUGGAUCUAGUAGAGAGUAUGUCACCAUCAUCAAAUUCUGUACAUGCACCGACAUCAUCCUCUUCACCGGUGUCGAUAUCGUCAAACUUUCCCGAUCAAUUGCGUCUUCGACGAUUCUCCAAUUUGAUCAGCAGAGCCAAUGAAUCGAUGCUCAUCGAUUUUCAUGAAAAUUUUGGAUCACUUUCAAAUAAUAUGUUCAACAGCACCACCACCACCACUGACAAUGAUAGUAAUGAUGAUGAUGAUAGCAACGAUCCUCAUAAUGGUGAUGAUGAUGCAGAUGCAGCUGGAAUUUCCGACAUUCAUGCCGAAGAAGAUGAAGACGAUGUAAUGGAAGUGAAUACUGAUCAAUCUGUAAUUUUCCUCGAUGAUGUUGAUGACGACCACGACGAUGACAAUGAUGUGGAUGCUGCUGCUGAUCAAGGUUCGAGCCAAGUUCGUAUUGCGAAUGGAGGUAGCAGUCGACGACUUGCUGCUGGAAACGGUGUUCGUAAUUUGAAUCGUAAUCGUCGUCCUGUCGGCAUUGGCCACAAUGUUUCAAAUCGUUGGAAUGUACGACCAAUGCGUAACAAUAAUCGUCAGUCUUUGGUUCAACAAAGAUUACAUCGAAUACGGAAUUCUCCGUAUCCAAGUCGCAAUGGUCAAUCCAAUGAACCUUUGGCUUGAUACUACCAAUUGGACAAGUAAUAACUUGAUUGUGAUCAAAUGAUUCUAACUGUGGUCAUAAAUGAAUAAAGUUGAAUUUAAAAUAAUAAAAACUUUUUAAUUGCAAAAUUAUCACACUCUAUGCAAUAUUGUUUACAAUUGGGUUUUUGGACAAUCUAUUGUUUGGUUCGAAUGUGUAGGUGGUGGUGGUGUAUCAUUUGUACCACUAUUACACAGCUUUUUUUCAAUUUCAAGACCAUCAUCAUUGGAUCCAAUGAUUGUGAUGAUGAUGAUGAUGAUUGUAGCCAAGUUGGAUUUUUUUUCCCAUUUGAUUCGACAAUUUGACUCUAAUGGAGAACGAUAUGGAUGAAACAGCAGCAGCAGCAAAACAAAUGUAGGAAGUGGAUUAUUUUUCACAUAUUGGCUGCCAUCUAUUGUUCGACAUUGUCAUUUGAAUUUUUGUUCUUUAUUUUCAAAACAAAAAACAGAAAUCACCAUAGUGAUGAUGACCAUCAAUGAUG